AGAAAGAGUCUUUUUUUCUUCCUAAACUUGGACUGCUGUCUGCACAAACUCUGGUCUGUUUUGCACAGUUUGUGUGCCUUUUUUUCCCUUUAUGCAAUCUUUUUCAGCUUUAGCAGCAGAAAUUUGUCUAGUUGAGAAAACAUGCCAGAGGGUGGCCUCAGAAGGAAGAUGAUCCCGUGUGUUCUGUCUCUGCGUCUGAACUUUUGAAGAGAAAAUUCCAGCUCGAGGGAUUCUUAAAGCCUUAAGUUACUUGAAAUCUAUGUAUUUGCAACCCUUUGUCUCUAGAAUCAUAUUACACUAAACUGGAAUCUCAGGCUGAAUGAGAAUAACCAAGUUGAGUAAAAAGAAGAAAACUCAGUUUCUUGAUACCACGUAUUAACAAUGCUCUUUCUCCAAAGGGUCAGCCCACUCUUCCUCUAAGCCCCUUGAAAAUAAAAAUGGACCCCACGUUUUCUUUAAGCAUUACCUUUUCUUAGCAGACUGCCAUCAUCUUUUAUAGAGAAAUUUUUUCACUAUGCAUUUGGUGAAUCUUUAUAAAAUACUGAGCGUCUGAUUAGGUAGGUGCAGGUCAGUCUUUGUUAAAGGGGGUUGAGGGAAACAACGCAAGCCAGCCACAGAAAUAAAAUAAAUCAGUCCAUGAAAGGAAUUGGUUUAAAUUUUCCGGCAUUCAGGAUUACUUUUUAAGUCAAGCAGUUCAUCCAGAAAAAGUAUGUAUGCAGCGGUGGAGCAUGGGCCUGUGCUUUGCAGCGACUCCAACAUCCUCUGCCUGUCCUGGAAGGGGCGCGUCCCCAAGAGUGAGAAGGAGAAGCCGGUGUGCAGGAGGCGCUACUACGAGGAGGGCUGGCUGGCCACUGGCAAUGGCCGGGGCGUCGUCGGGGUGACUUUCACCUCGAGCCACUGCCGCCGGGACAGGAGCACCCCCCAGAGAAUCAACUUCAACCUGCGGGGCCACAACAGCGAGGUUGUGCUGGUGAGGUGGAAUGAGCCAUACCAGAAGCUGGCCACGUGUGACGCAGAUGGAGGGAUAUUUGUGUGGAUUCAGUACGAGGGGAGGUGGUCUGUGGAGCUGGUCAACGACCGAGGGGCUCAGGUGAGUGACUUCACGUGGAGCCACGAUGGGACUCAAGCACUUAUUUCAUAUCGAGAUGGGUUUGUCCUGGUCGGUUCUGUCAGUGGACAAAGACAUUGGUCAUCUGAGAUCAACUUGGAAAGUCAGAUCACAUGUGGCAUAUGGACGCCUGAUGACCAGCAGGUGCUGUUCGGCACGGCUGACGGGCAGGUGAUCGUCAUGGACUGUCAUGGCAGGAUGCUGGCCCACGUCCUGCUGCACGAGUCAGAUGGCAUCCUCAGCAUGUCCUGGAACUACCCUGCCUUCCUGGUGGAGGACAGCAGCGAGAGCGACACCGACUCAGAUGACUACUCCCCACCCCAAGAUGGUCCAGCAGCGUAUCCCAUCCCCGUGCAGAACAUCAAGCCCCUGCUCACUGUCAGCUUCACCUCGGGAGACAUCAGCUUAAUGAACAGCUAUGACGACUUGUCUCCUACUGUCAUCCGCUCAGGGCUGAAAGGUACAGAAGGCUGCACGUGACCCCAGGCCCACACACCAGCCCU